UGCCAGCCAAACUGUGUACUCCAUAAAAUAACGUCUGUUUUAACAGUCACUAUUUUCUUCUUAGGACAAGGAACACCCAAGAUACCUGAUCCCAGAACUCUGCAAGCAGUUUUACCAGCUGGGCUGGGUCACUGGGACCGGAGGAGGAAUCAGCUUGAAGCAUGGCGAUGAGAUCUACAUUGCCCCUUCAGGAGUGCAGAAGGAACGCAUCCAGCCUGAAGACAUGUUCGUGUGUGACAUCCAUGAGAAGGACAUCAGUGGGCCUCCGCCAUCCAAAAUGCUGAAGAAAAGCCAGUGCACGCCUCUCUUCAUGAAUGCCUACACCAUGAGGGGAGCUGGCGCAGUAAUCCACACCCACUCGAAGGCUGCUGUCUUGGCCACGCUUCUCUUUCCUGGACGCGAGUUCAAAAUCACACACCAGGAGAUGAUCAAGGGGAUCAGGAAGUGCACCUCGGGCGGCCACUAUAGAUACGAUGACAUGUUAGUGGUGCCCAUCGUUGAGAACACGCCUGAGGAGAGAGACCUCAAGGCCCGCAUGGCCCGAGCCAUGGACGAGUACCCAGACUCCUGUGCAGUGCUGGUCAGACGACACGGGGUGUACGUGUGGGGGGAGACGUGGGAGAAGGCCAAGACCAUGUGCGAGUGCUACGACUACUUAUUUGAUGUCGCCGUGUCCAUGAGGAAGGUUGGGCUAGACCCUACGCAGCUCCCGGCCAGAGAGAACGGGAUUGUGUGAGCGAAGGUGCUUGGCUGCAGCGAGGAGGCCAGACUCAAUGGCCCUUUCACUUGAUUACAGGACGUGACUGUUUUUAAUGAAAUGGAAUUUUCCAUGAAGCUAUUAAUUUGUCAUUGCAUACUCAGAUGGUCACCCUAAAUCUUUGGCUUGGUGGUAUUUGCUUCUAUUCUAACUUUGAAUGAUAAAAUGAAAGUUUUAUACUCAGUAUUUUUUAUGUCUAUUCCUAACAUAAAAUACUUGCCUGUAAAUCACAUCUUUUAAAAAUGUGCUCUCAGAGAACUCUGUGUAAUCAUUAUGGCUGCUGUUGAUAAUAAAAUCCACCAGAAAAUGCCCCCA